CGACGCUAGGCGCCAGAACCCAACUAGCUUCUACUCCUCUGGAUAGAUUGUAGUGGAUUGUGGCGUCAGUAAUUUUUCUGUAUAUAAUUCACUGUUAUUUGUGAAUAAUUCGCGUUAAUUGUCUAUUUAAUUACCGUCAGAAUAUUAUAUUUCAUACAGAUUCAGCUGUCGACAAUUUUGCACGUUUAAUUCAGUCAUCAACAUUAUGAAGAACAAAAACAAAAUGAGCAAAGCUAAAGACUCUCCAGCUUCUGACAACGAGCAAGAAGAGGAAUACAGUGUUGAGAAAGUCCUCGAUAGACGGGUUGUUAAAGGCAAGGUAGAAUAUUUUUUAAAAUGGAAAGGUUAUUCAAAUGAUGAAAAUACUUGGGAACCAGAGGAGAAUUUAGAUUGUCCUGAUUUAAUUGCUCAAUUUGAAGAACAGCGUAGGAAAAAAGAAGCUGCUGCUGGUGGCAAGCGUCAUGAAGAGAAAGAAUCAAAGAAAAGAAAGAGUUCCAGUACACCAACUCCUACCCAAACAAAAAAGAAAGUAACUGAAGAAAAAAAACCUGAAGGUUUUGACAGAAACUUGGAACCGGAAAGAAUUAUUGGAGCUACAGAUUCAAGUGGCGAACUUAUGUUCUUAAUGAAAUGGAAAGGUACUGAAGACGCAGAUCUAGUCGCCGCAAGAGUUGCUAACGUAAAAUGUCCCCAAAUUGUUAUUCGAUUUUACGAAGAGCGACUCACGUGGCAUAGUCCUACGCAUGAUGACGAUAAUAACAAAACAGACACUCAGUAGCACUUACCUUUUCGAUAUAAAUAUACAGCACAUUUUAAAAUUUGUCACAUUUAAAAAAAAAUAAAAUGAAAAAUAAAAAAAAAUAAGGAGGACUAUGCUAAA